AUGGACAAUGACGAACCUCUUGAGUCCAAGACAACAGAGGAGACUGAGACCCAGCCAGCACCACAGAGCAGUGAUGAAAUGCUCUACUGUGAAGCCGAAGUUCCCACGCCCGUCGAUAAGGAGAAAGCAGGCCGGGAGAAUUCAGAAACAGACCUCGAGAUCGAAGAUACCGAGAAACUGUUCACCACCGGACAAAAGGAGCUGUACACGGAGGCCUGCAAGCUGAUGGGCGUGGUGCCUGUCUCCUGCUUCCUCCGCAACAUGGAGGAGUCCUACAUGAACCUCAACCACCAUGGGCUGGGCCCCCACGGUACCAAGGCCAUUGCCAUAGCCCUGGUGUCCAACACGACUGUGAUCUCCCUGGAGGUGGCAGACAAUUGUAUCAUGGAGGAGGGCACCCUGAGCCUAGUGGAGAUGCUGCAAGAGAACUACUACCUCCAGGAGCUGAACAUUUCCGACAAUGCUCUUGGUUUGGAGGGGGCCAAAAUCAUCUCAGAGUUUCUCCAGAGAAACUCCUCUUCGCUCUUUAACCUUCAGCUGUCAGGAAAUAACUUCAAGGAUGACUCUGCAGAGCUGCUCUGCCAGGCCCUGUCGGCCAAUUACCGAAUUAAGGAAAUAGAUCUCAGUCACAACCAAUUCUCUGAUAAGGGAGGGGAGCUCUUGGGACACAUGCUGGCCCUCAAUGUAGGGCUCCUGUCACUGGACCUGAGCUGGAAUCAUCUCUGCUCACAGGCGGCCAUGGCCUUGAGCAAUGGCCUCAAAGCUAACAUCACCCUGAAAACACUGGAUCUCUCCAUGAAUGGCUUUGGGAACGAGGGGGCUGCGGCCCUAGCAGAGGUCCUCAGACUCAACAGCUGCCUGGCCUCCCUAGACAUCAGCAGCAAUGACAUCAGCACUGAAGGGGUCUCCAAAAUCAGCAAAGGACUGGAGUUCAAUGAGAGCCUCAAAGUUCUGAAGCUUUUCCUGAACCCUAUAAGCAUAGACGGGGCUACUUUACUUAUCUUGUCCAUCAAGAAGAACCCCAAAUCCAAGAUGGAAAACCUUGACAUUUCCAACGUGAUGGUGUCCGAGCAGUUCGUGAAAACGUUGGAUGGGGUGUAUGCCGUCCACCCCCAGCUGGACGUGGUCUACAAGUCAAUACAAGGCCUCUCGGUCAAGAAGACCAUCCUCCAGUGGACAAACCCCAUGAAACUGAUCCAGAGCUAUGCGGACCAGAAGGAAAUCACCAUCCUGGACUUCUUCAAGAGCUUGAGUGCUACUGGGGCGAUGAAGAUGUCUGCGGGCGAGUUCUGGAAAGCCAUGACAAAGCAAAACCAGGUCCCCCUAAACCGGUCGCAGCUCAGGGAGCUGACAAAGCGGCUGGAAGACAGCACCGGCAUGGUGGACUUCAGCAGCUCCUUGCCCCACCCCGAAGCUGCCCCGCUGCCCACCCUGCUGUCUCCCACCGGCUCACUCCGCCAGCUUCAGCCUCAACCGCACACGCUGGCUGCGGCCACAUUCCGGGACAAGUGCCCACAGUAG